GGGGAGAUAGGGAGCCCACAGCUGUUCACGCUGUAAACACCACAGAAACAGGAGCGGAGAGGCGGCAUGGCGGCGCCCGCGGCUGCUGGUGUGCCGGUGGCUGAACUGAGCAGGACCGAGUCCGUUAACGGAGCGAACCGGAGACCUGAGGACGGGCAGGACCAGACCCCGGCGGACGGACAGAAGCGACCGCAGUUCGGGACCCGGUUUCUCACAGACCCGCGGCAGGUCUUCCAGCACAACGCGUGGGAUAAUGUGGAAUGGUCAAAGGAGCAGGAGGAAGCCGCACAGAAGAAAGUGCAGGAGAACAGCCAGCCUCUCCCAGCAGAGAAACAAGAGGAGUUUGACAGUAAUGCCAAUGAGUACUGGAAUUCCUUCUACACUAUCCACGAGAACCGCUUCUUUAAAGACCGCCACUGGCUCUUCACUGAGUUCCCUGAACUCGCCCCACAGCAGAAACAUCCCCAGAGCUCCACAGAAGAAGCCCCUUCAACUGAACCCAGUAAAGACACAUCAACUGUUUUAUUAAAUGGUGAAGAAACUCCUGCUCCUUACAUAGAAGAAACUGGCUUUCCUGGAGCCUCAGCUUCUUAUCGCAUUAUGGAGGUAGGCUGUGGAGUGGGCAAUACAGUCUUUCCAAUCCUCAAGACUAACAAUGAUCCGGGUCUUUUUGUCUACUGCUGUGAUUUUUCUAGUACAGCUGUUGACCUAGUCAAGUCUAAUCAGGAGUAUGACCCGUCACGCUGUCAUGCUUUUGUCCAUGAUCUGAGUGAUGUCACAGCGGAGUAUCCAAUGCCAGAGGGGAGCCUUGAUGUGAUUGUGCUCAUAUUUGUCCUCUCUGCUCUACAUCCUGACAAGAUGCAGAACUCCAUCAAUAAACUGGCCCGACUGCUGAAACCAGGAGGGGUUCUCUUACUGCGGGACUACGGACGCUACGACAUGGCCCAGCUUCGAUUUAAAAAAGGAAGGUGCUUAUCUGAAAAUUUCUAUGUCAGAGGAGAUGGGACACGAGUGUAUUUUUUCACUCAAGAGGAGCUGCAUGAUCUGUUUAUUGGAGCAGGCUUGGAAAAGGUGCAGAAUAUGGUGGACCGGCGGCUUCAGGUGAACAGAGGGAAGCAGUUGACCAUGUACAGAGUAUGGGUGCAGUGCAAAUACCGCAAGAACCAAACGCCUUCACAAGAACCAGCAGCUCAGGACUGAGGAACCAAGAAAAGAACUGAGAAACCAGCAGAACACUGGACAGUGGAAACUCAAAGCAUGAGGCGUGAACCGCAUCUCUGGGUACUGUAAAAAACAGAACCCUGAAAAAUUACAGAAUGGUGCUUUGUUCCACACCCUGAAUGUUUUCAGUAAGGAAAAGAAGAAAGGUGGAGGACUUCUUCAUCCUUCUUUACUGCCCACAUUGGAAAAGUUGUGAGGAUUCUUGCUUUUGAAUCAUCUUAAUUAAAUGUUUUUACCUGAAUUUGUAUCUUAAAUAAAAAAAUGGCAUGCUUUUAACAAA